GUUGUUUGUGAUCGCGAGCGGUGGAACUUGUGGAACAGAAAUAAGCUAGCCAAGAAAUCAGUUGUGUAUCAUGGCAGUGUCUAUCGCAGAUAUCUCGCUUCAGAGUCCCCUGGAUCACUCUUCACUCCAGAUCUGACUGGUAGAAUGGCCAUGCCCCGACUCGUUCUCCGUGGCUGUUUUUCGCGUCAUCCUCGCCGCUACCUUCUUCUUGUAUUGUUGGUAACUUCUGCACUCUUCGUUUGGCAAUUCAACUUUGUUCACUUCUUCGACCCAAAAAAUCACAAUUUCAAACAACUUAUCCAGUUUCAGGGCGUCGAGAACCAUCAUCAUAUAAACUCCAAGUGGACAUCACUCUCAUCUUCUUUGGAAUAUAUCGAGAUAUCCGACGUCAGACUCAACUCAAUCAACACAAGCAUCGUCUUCCUACACAUCUCCAAGGCAACCAGUCAAUGUAACCUGGUCGGGAAUACUUGCCGGGGAAUCCUUGAAACUAGGACAGGUGACUCGGUUCGCUAUAUCUUGCUGUCCUCCUUACCGACGCUAGAAAAAGGGCCGGAUACCCUACACUUAAAGUCUACGUUCGCCAGCGAUGUGGUUUACAAGGAGUCGACCUGCGCCAUCCAUGCCCGCCUGUCAGACAGUCAGCGGUCUCCCGGAUGCAAAUUACCUAACCUUGACCCGUUCGACCCUAUGGUGAAGCAAUUCAUGUCACCGAUGGAACCCAUGUUCUGUCCGGGGGAGAUGUACACUAGUUACCACGACUGCGUCCUCAAGGCGAGAAAGAAAGAGGCUGUGAGAAGAAUUGUGUACCGAGCUAUUAGAAGACCAGAGGCUAGCGACUCCGGGUUUGAAACUGGACCGGAAAAGACUCUUCCUUUGGAUGGCAACGGGGUUAAACUUGACGAAGACUUUAUCCAGGUGGAAACCCAGCUUAAAAGCGGUGGAACCCAAACUGACCUUCAUGCCCAUGUCUCGCCAAAACCUGAAGUACUCUCCCGACCAAAAAAAGACGCUGGUAUCCCACUAAAUAUUAUAAUCCUCGGCAUGGACGGAAACUCAAACGCAAACGUUCAGCGACUUCUUCCGGACACAUACAAAUUCCUGCAGGACGAGCUCAAGGCUUUUAUAUUUAAAGGGUUUUCCCUGCUUGGAGAGGCGACAACGCCUCAACUUACUGGACUUUUAACCGGGAAAACUGUGGAGGAAAACUGCGCGAAGCAUGAGGCGAGGAAGGGCGUUACAUUUGAUGGGACUGUGGAUCCUUGGCCAUUUGUAUUUAAGGAUUUGAAGCAGCAUGGUUACGUCACAAUGUUCAGCGAGGAUGCGCCUACCAUUGGGGCGUUCAACCUUCGCCUGAACGGCUUCACGAAUCAGCCAACCGACCACUACGGGCAUUACUUCUGGUGGGCGGUGCCCAUGGACGCGGAACUCGGCGUCCACUCGAACUGCAUUAAUGCGCAGGCGCAGCACGUGAUUCAGCUCCAGUACCUUCGCAGCCUUAUCACGGCAUACCCAAACACGCCCAAAUUUGGAUUCACAUUCUUGGGAAGCCUUUGUCAUCAGCAUCUUAAUAUGGUCAGCAGUGGUGCACGGGAUAUUCACCAGUUUUUGAAGUCUUUGCAUUCUGAUGGAUUAUUAAACAAUACUCUGCUUAUUGUGAUGGGGGACCACGGGGCGAGGUUUGAUUCGAUUCGCGCCACGCUGCAAGGGAAGCAAGAAGAGCGCCUGCCAUUCUUAUCCAUGGCGUUUCCUGAUUGGUUCCGCGUAAAGUAUCCAAAGUUCAGCUCAAAUUUGGCGGAGAACACUCAACGGAUUAUUUCGCCUCUCGAUGUACAUGCCACUUUCAUGCAUAUACUCAAGUAUCCACACAAUCCAUCGAAAUCCGAUCUUACGAGAGGUACAAGCCUUUUCGAGCACAUCCCUGAAAGCCGUGAAUGCAUUCACGCCGGGAUCCCUGAUCAUUUUUGUCCGUGCGUGAUCUGGAAACCAGUUCCUACUGCGCAUCCUCAUGUUCAACUUGGCGCGCAUCUGACCCUGCACCAAAUUAACAAACUGCUGACCCAAAGAAACGAGGUAAAGUCACUCUGUCACGGACUUGAACUUGACCAGAUUUUAAAUGCUGUGCAGGAAUUGCCGAAUAAGAAAAUGGUACUAUUUAAUGGAAUUAAGGACGGUGCUGGUUUAGGGGUUGGUACUCCAAUGUUUAUAGACGAUUCAGAGAAGCAACAAUCUAAGUGUAACUAUCAGAUUCAGCUCCGUGUUCGGCCUAGUAUGGCCCUUUUUGAGUCGAGUGUCCGGUUAGAGAAUGGACGCCUGACUCUAGACUCGGACAUCAGCAGAGUGAAUAGAUACGGAACGCAGUCGGAUUGUGUCAAACAAUCGCAUCCGUUUUUACGAAAAUUCUGCUUAUGCAGGCAUUGAUAGUAUGUUUUAGGGCUAUAUAGAAUUAAAAGAAUGUAUGAAGACUUUUAGAAAAAUAAUAUUUUUAUAAAAAAAACUAGAAUUUUCAAA